ACCACCCAUACGAGCGCCUCCCAUUUAAGCCACCUCCGCCACUCCCACUCCUCCUACCUCUGCUUGCUCCAUGAAAAACAAAACACCCACUCUAGCUAGCUAGCAGCCUGGUUGCAUUUCUACCUAGACCACCAGACCGGCCGGCUGCUAGCAGAUCCGUGACUCCUUGUGCGUGGGAGUUCGAGAUGGACGUGCAGGCCCAUGAGGCGACUGGCCGGAUGAGGGGCAGGGCGAGCGGCGGCACGACCACGACGAGGGUGGUGGAGAGGAAGGAGGCGGAGAGGGAGAGGAGGCAGCAUAUGAAGGCGCUCUGCGCCAAGCUCGCCUCCCUCAUCCCAAAAGAACACUUCUCCAACCCUGAUACAAUGACCCAGCUAGGCAGCCUAGAUGAGUCUGCGUCAUACAUAAAGAAGCUCAAGGAGAGGGUCGAUGAGUUGCAUCAUAGGAGGAGCUCAGCGAAAGAAAUGGCUGCCGCAAGAGGGGAUAGUGGUGCUUCAACGCCCACAACCACCCCUACCACGAGUGGCGGUGCGGGGUCACUAGAACGAGAGAAACAUUGGGAGGCAUGGGCACCGGUGCUGGAGGUGCGGCAACAUGAUGACACGAGCUUGGAUGUGGUGCUGGUAUGCAGCACAGAGAGGCCGAUCAUGCUCCACGAGGUGAUCACCAUCCUCGAGGAAGAAGGCGCCGAGGUCAUCAAUGCCAAUCACUCCAUUGCUGGCCACAAAAUAUUCUACACCAUACACUCCCAGGUUCGUACAUAUAUAGGCCUUCAGCUCAAGAAUUGGCAUAGAUGUUUCAAGUGUUUCUGAGCGACUGAGAGCAUUGGUAUGAUAGUGUGUGUGUAUAUAUAUAUAUAUAUAAAUAUAGAUGGUACAUAUGUCUAGUUAUUAAUUGCUACAAGAAGGGGAUGGAAACAUCCUUCAUUAGCUAUAUAACAUCUUCUCCAUGUUGUUUCACAACAUGAUCAUUGUACGGAAAAGGAUGUUGAUUGCUCUUUGAUCUACCACCUGGUAUAAUUUACAGUAACCAUGUCUGGUUGUCAAGGUUUGUUGCACGUUGCUGGAGUUUUUUUUUUAGAAUAAGUCUAUGUUCAUGUAUCGCUCAA